AUGUGUGCAAUGGGCCGUUUCGGGGAAUCUGGCGGCAGAUCACUUGGCAAUGCUGGCGAGGCUGGCGAGGCUGGCAAAUUGACUUGGGCAUUCUUGUACCAUUGUCUCCCUCAGCUGGGAGAGGCACAAUCAUCUCUGUUCGCACUCAGUUCUUUGUAUGGUGUUCCGCAUUUGCGAGACGCCAUCUCCGAUAAAGAAGUCAAUUCCCGUAUCCACAGCUGGCUGAUCAGCAUGGACGUGACUAUGGAGGAUAAUUUGGAAGUUGCAGUGGAUGUGGGAGACGAUCUCGCAUCCCUGAGGGGUCUGGUUAGACUUGGGCAAUUCAAGGAGGCAAUUUCCCUGUAUGACGACCGCCUCGCUCAGCAUCAAGAUUCUUUCGCAGUCGUGGCGGGGUAUGCGGACCUUCUCCUAGAACAAGGGGCCUUUAAAGAUCUCAAGGCCUUUGCCGACCGUGCCCUGUUCAAUCCUCCGGGGGAGUUCGCCCCCGAAGAGGUCCUUCUACUGAAGGUCCUCCAAUGCCUUGCGCAGUAUCACACGCGAUGCGCGUUGGUUCCGGCCCUGCGGGCGGCAUUAGAUGGAUUGCACUUGCUGAGCAAGGAGGUUGUCUUGAACGAACGUCCCACCGAUGUCCAGAUCCAGUUGGCCGAGGCAUGUAUGCGUAUCAUCUCAUAUGCGGCCCGACAGUCCAACUUUCUAGACACCCCUUUAUAUCGACCCCUGUUGCACUGGGUGAUUCGGGACAACAGCCAGCCUGCGAGACCACAGGCUGCAAUGGAAAGCAACGAUGAUUGCCAGAAUCACCUUCAGAUCAAUACCUGGCACCGUAAUCUGGUCGAACACAACUACCAUUGGCCAUCACACCGUCUCUUACGCUUCAUAUUGCCUGUACUUGGGGAUACCGGUGGUUUUUACGUUCUUAAUGGUUCAUUUGAAGCAUUCUUCCAGAUUCCGGCCCUUUCUGAUGCUGCCAAUGUCUUUCUUGGGCCGAUGGAAGUUGUGGAAGGUGAUGAGCAGCGUCUUCUUGCCAACUUUGCUAAUGCAUCUCUGCUCGCCACCUUCCUGGGGGGCAAAUCAACUCAGCAGGACGUCCGUAAAGCCCAUGUGCAGUUCCAGGGGAUCACGCAGUCCCUGGCAACAAUGAUAGAAUCCACCUACCCCCGUUUGACUAACACUCGAGUAUAUUGGAAUUGGCAAUUGUCGCGAUGUACUCUACCGCGCGAACCGGUUCAACUCGUCCAAUGGGCCGACAGCGAGGGGAUGCCAGCAUGUAGCUCAUCCCACGGAAAGCGGAGAUAUCGGUCGCAGGAAAGUCUGGAGUCCAUCAGAAUAAAGGCCAAGGAGCUCGGGGACUAUGAACUAUUGCAAUGUGUGUUGCAAUACGAAGACAUCGAAAUUUGGGAUAGCCCUGAACGGCAGCAAGCAAUUGACGAGCUGCACAAGCUGCAAUCUGAAAUCAUGCAAGACCUCCCGGCGUACUUGCAAGGCCUGGCGGACGGAUAUCUGUUGGAGUGGCUACUAAGGCGAUUCAACCGUGGAGGAGUGUCACGUGACCCUACGUUGCCUACCGGCGUGGGAGCCCAUCGGGGAUCCCAACAAUAUCUAAACGCUAACUGUAAGAGACAAUUUGGCUUUACUCCGUUCCCGCAGACAUAUGAACCUAUUCUGGCAAAUCCCACCGGUACCAUAUUUUAUCCGCCUUUAGGUCAAGACCUUGUGGGUAAGAUUGAGAAUUUCCUUGCACGGUUUCCCUAUCGCUUCGAAAACCGCUUAACCAGACUUGAUGCACGACGAAGCCUCAUCCUCUUUGGCAUUCCUUCACUGGCUUGGAAGGCAAAGAGGGCCGAAUACGUUCAUCUGGUACAAGUAAAUGCCAAUUGGGAGGCAAGGCAGAAGGGCAGAGAAGUAGCAUUCGUGGGAAGGUUUCUCCCGUCUGAACUUCAUUCCCAGCUGCAGUCUUGCUUCCCAGAGCCCAUCUGGAAGCCUGACCCUUACCCGUAUGAUGGAGGAUUGCGUGCAGACAGUAGCAAGGACGCAAUUGCCAGGAGCAGGGCGCAUCCAAGGACAACCCGAGAGAGACUGGAGAAAUUCGAACUAGACAAGGAGAAACGUCGGAUGCAUCACCAAUAUCUCUUACUCGUUGUCCCGCAGAACCGCACGUUUAUAUUUCCUUUUCGUUGGGGUCGCUCGAAGGAGGCACUGGAGGAGACCGUGAAAGAACUGUUUAAAUUUGAUACCUUUCUGGAACCAUGGAUCAGCUCUGGAAGGUAUCGUUUCACAGAUUGGCGUGGUGGCCGGGUUCAACCCGAUAAGUGGACCACAGUGGUUAAGCCCGGGGCGACAGUCGGGAUACGUCCAAUCUAA